AUGACAGGAGAAGGCUUCAGUAAUCGGUGGUCAAACUUGACACGGAAAAUGAUGUCCCUUACCUGCUGUCUGCUCCUCAUCUGCGGGUUCAUGAUUCCAACAUACGUUGGACUAGAGAUGACCAGAUGCAAGCUGGAUAUAGCCUUCAUUAUUGAUUCAUCCAGUAGUAUAUGGAUCAAAGACUUCGAACGCCAAACUUCCUUCAUACACGAUGUUGUCGACUCGUUUGCAUCAGUACCAGACGAUGUUCAAAUCGCGGCUGUGUCAUUCAGCAACCACGUGUUUGACGAAUUUAAGUUCAGUUCAUUCAGCAAACGUGACGCUAUUCUUGAUGCUGUCAACAACGUCAGAUACAGCAAAGGCGACGCCACCAGAACAUACCUCGCGAUAGAACGCAUGCGCACUGACCUGUUUGCCCCCGGCAAUGGCGCAAGAGAUGAUGCUGUACACGUAGCCGUUGUUCUGACUGAUGGAGGCACCAACCCAGGGUCAUAUGAUCAGUACUCAAGGAGCGAGGGCAAAGCCAAGACCCAAGAAGAGGCUGAACUUGCAAAGCAGUCCGGGAUAUACAUGUUCGCUAUAGGAAUAGGCAGCGGAGUAGAUGAAGCGGAACUCCGAGGUAUUGCGUCGGAGCCAGACGACAAGUUCUUCUUUAUCGUGGAUAACUAUGACAAGCUCGAUACAGCUCACGUCAAGAGUCUCUUGGCAUGCCGAGCCUGUAGAGCACCAACAUUUGAAUUUACAACGACUAAUGCCCGCCGAGCCGCUGAUUCUCGCUACAGUCGCCAGGUCUCCACAGAAAGUGCACGAGAAGUCUGUCAUGGAGACCCCGUUGACAUCAUCUUUAUCCUUGACGAAUCCACCAGCAUCCGAUCGCAAGAGAAUUUCAAGAAGGAACUCGAUUUUGUCCGAAAUGUGGCAGACAUGUUUGAUAUUGGACCGGAUAUGACGCAUGUUAGUGUGAUUACGUACAGCGACGAUAGCCAAAUGCGAUUUACCCUUAGUAAGUACACGGAUAAAGCAAGUCUCGAGAACGCAAUUGAAAACAUCGACUGGUCCACCGGAAACACGUAUACCAACAAAGCUCUGGACUUACUUCUCACUCAAAGUCUAUCGGAAGUCCGAGAAGGACUUUCUCACAUCGGAAUUGUUAUUACAGACGGAAAGUCAACUGACUCAAAAAGUACACGAGAAUCCGCUCUGAAUGUUCUAGCUACCGGAAAUAUUGAGAUGUUCGCUAUUGGAAUAGGAAAUGCGUACAAACCUGAGUUAGACAUCAUGGCGUCUAAACCCUCAGAGGACUAUGUCUAUCAGAUCGACAAUUUGGAUGCUUUAGAUUCUCUUCAGAACAAAUUUGCUUUCCGCAUUUGUAAAGAACAACCAGGAUGCAGUUUGGCUGAAGGCUGUAAUAAGUACAAGGCUGACGUCGUGGUCGUAUCAGAUGCUUCAACCAGUAUCGGUGAUGAAAGCUUUGCUAAACAGAAGACUUUUAUCGCCAGCAUAGUUGAGAAGUACAACAUAGGGCCGGAUGGUGUUCAAAUCGGCAUGAUUUCAUACUCCGACGACGCUCAUACCGACUUCAGCCUGAACAGUUACACAUCACAGGACGAAAUUAUAUCUGCUAUAAAUAAGGUUAAAUAUCUUACCGGAGUGACGUAUACAGACAAAGCCAUUGAGAAGAUGACCCAGGAAGCGUUCACUUCCGGGGCAGGGGCCCGGUCUGGUGUGCCCAAGGUUGGAAUCGUCAUAACAGAUGGCGUAUCACGUGAUCAAGUGAGGACACAGGAAAUGGCGAGGAACGCCAAGGCCCAAGGCAUCACACUUUUCGCCAUAGGUGUUGGCAGUAGUAUUGACUUAGACGAGCUCCAGGGCAUAGCUUCCGAUCCCGAUCCCUUCUUUACCUUCAUGGUAGACGACUUUGCCUCAUUGGUAGAUCACGAGGAUAUCCUUAUAAAGAAAACAUGUGCAGGUCCUGCGCCUGCGCCUGCACCAGUAGCUAAGCGGGAACACCAAUUUGAAAAUGAUGAAUUACGAUCUCUGUUUCAAAUGCUGGAAGAAAGAAUACAACUCAGCACUGUCCGAGCUGUGAAGAUGUGGUCCUUACUUAUUACCUUUUUGGUGGCAUUUGGAUGUAUGAUCCAACCAUCAUUUGGAGUCUCAUUGGAGGGAUGCAAACUGGACAUAGCAUUCGUCGUGGACUCAUCCAGCAGUAUCUAUGUUGAAGACUUUAAGAAACAGAAAUCUUUUCUGUACGAUUUCGUAAACAUGUUUGAAACUGUGACUGACGAUGUUCAGUUCGCAGCAGUCUCUUACAGCAACCACGUUUACGAUGAAUUCCGUUUCAAUAACUUUAGCACUCGCGAAGAUAUUUUAUCCGCGAUAAAUAGAAUUAACCACAGUCAAGGUGACGCUACCAGGACAUAUUUAGCGAUUGAACGCAUGGUUAAAGAUCUUUUCGCACCCGGAAAUGGUGCGCGAGAUGAUGCUGUUCACAUUGGUGUUGUUCUUACCGAUGGUGGUACCAAUCCUGGCUCGUACGAUCGAUUUACAACAGAGCAAGGGAAAGCAGAAACACAACACCAGGCGAGAAUUGCCAAAGACAACGAUAUUUACAUGUUUGCCAUUGGUAUAGGUGGGAGUGUCGAUCUUAACGAACUACGCGGAAUAGCGUCUGAGCCGGAUGAGAAGUUUCUGAUUACCGUUGACACAUACGAAAAACUUGAUACGGAACGCAUUAAGACGUUGUUAGCCUGCCGAGUCUGUCGAGUACUUACCUUUGGGCAAAGCCACGGACUCGAAAGACGAACAUCGUAUUCUUCACUUUUUGUCCAUCUUAUGAACAGACGAAGAUCGCAUGGUCUCUAUGCCCGACAAAGAGAUAGCAUUACUGCGACCGAAAUACAAGAAGUAUGCUACAACAAUCCCGUUGAUAUUAUUUUUAUUCUUGACGAGUCAACAAGUAUUGGAUCAAAGGAAAACUUUAGAAAAGAACUCAAUUUUGUCCGAGAUGUGGCAGACAUGUUUGAUAUUGGUCCUGAUGCGACACAUGUUAGUGUGAUUACGUACAGCGACCAAAGCCAAUUAAGAUUCUCGCUGAACAAGUACAUGGAUAAGCCAAGUCUUGAAAACGCCAUAGAAAAUAUCGACUGGACCACCGGCAACACAUAUACCAACAAGGCACUGGACCUUCUUCUGACCCACAGCUUGUCCGAGGUCCGAGAAGGAUUUUCUCAUAUCGGAAUCGUUAUAACAGACGGAAAGUCGACAAACGUGAGGAAAACAAGAGAAUCUGCCCGUAAUGUGUUGGCAUCUGGGAAGAUUGAAAUGUUUGCAAUUGGAAUUGGCAGUGCAUACAAACCAGAGCUUGACAUGAUGGCAUCCAAGCCUUCUGUUGACUAUGUGUCCCAGAUCGAUGACCUUGACGCUCUGCAGUCGCUGAAGAAUAGAUUUGUAUACCGCGUAUGCAAAGAAAGACCUGAAUGUUCAGGACCAGAAAGAUGUGACAAAUACAAAGCGGAUAUCGUAGUGGUGUCGGAUGCCUCCACAAGUAUCACGGAAUCCAACUUUGUUAAGCAGAAAAACUUCAUAGCAAGCUUAGUCGACAGAUACAGUAUUGGGCCAAACGGUGUGCAGAUAGGAUUUAUCUCGUAUGCCACUGAUGCUAAAUUAAUUUUCAGCCUUAACAGCUACAAUUCGGAGAGGGAAUUGAAGGCCGCCAUCAAAAAGGUUCACUAUGAGGGUGGCGACACAUCAACCGAUGAUGCUUUAGACCUGUUGACAAGGGAAGGUUUCACACCAGCUGCAGGUGCACGGCCAUCUCUUCCUAAAAUAGCGGUCGUCAUUACAGACGGGUCACCGCAGAACCAGCCCAGAACUGUGGAAAUGGCGACAAAGGCGAAGGCGCAGGGUAUUACUAUCUAUGCCAUCGGUAUCGGUAGCAGCGUAAAUAUGAAUCAUCUCAAGGCCAUUGCAUCCUCCCCUGCAGAAUAUUACACCUUCAUGGUGAAUGACUUUUCCGCAUUGAUAGAGCACGAAGACAUUCUCAUCAAGAAAACAUGUUCUGAUACGGUACCAAAUGGCAUGAUUGCGAAUGAAACUCUGUCAAAUUAAAGAAGUGCGACUGGCUGUUCUUAUAGUAUAGACAUUUUCCUUGAACCUGGCAAGGACAUUACACGGAAUCGUAGUGCAUUUCUACAGGACGCGUAGUAGCCAUCUGUCGAGUGAGCAUUUGUCUAUGAAUCUAUGUGACAUUACUGAGGAUAUGAAAAGUUGUUUUGGUCAUGCCACAAAGGGAAAAAAAUAUCUGUGUAUUAAGUGUACCUCAAUAUCUAAAUAAAUAUUUAGCAAAUCAUAA